AUGAACAAGUCAGACAAAAAGUUCACUCUGAAAUUAUUUAAAAUUAAAAAUGGCAACAUCAACCUUUUGAAGAAUAGAAUAACGCACUUUAGCAUCCACAACAAAUGUAUCCACAUGGUCCUGUGCAAUAAUAGUUUGAUCAAAUAUUACAUGGACAAAAAUGAACUUUCGCAUGUAGAUUUUUACAAUAAAAAAACGACAAACAGUAAAGCAGAAAUUAGAUCCAUGUUUUUUGACAACAAAUGUUACCAUGGAUUUAUAUGUCUAGCGAACAAAGAAUAUAUUUAUGUUCAUUUUGAAUAUAACAUCGUCCUAAAUUUAGUAAAGUUAAAAAAAUAUAACAUCUCCAGUGUAUGUUUCAACGAUUCUAAUGAACUUAAAAAUACUGCACCCCUUCUAGUGGCAACAAAGGAUGGGGAGAUACUAGAAAUUAGUAUAAAUAACAAAACCAAAAGUAGCAGAGAGCAUGAAGUCAUUUUUUCCAAUAAGCAACUUUCCAUUUUGGACAUAGCCAUGAUCAAUCUGGAUAUUUCAAACCAAUCCAACAAUACAAAACAUACAAAUGAUGAUAGUAGUAUUUUGAGAAUUAUUUACUUUACCACAUGUAAGAGCUUGCACGAAAUUAGCUAUACAUACAAAAGUACCAGUGUGAAGAAGCCGAGUGAGAGGAGCGAAUCAUAUGCCCAGGAAACGAAAGUAAAAACGAACAGUGAAAAUCUGAACACGAUCCAAGCAGAGGACGAAACGAAGGUGUACGAAUGCUGCAUAGAGUCCUUGACAUCUAUCUUGAAAAUUGAAAAUAUCCGAAAUAGGAAUUACCUCUUCUGGCUCAAUGGCUGUUGCAUAUUCAUCAGCAAAAUUAAUAACUUCAAAGGGCGGAAACCUUCCAACCCUUCCAACUCUUCCAACCCUGAGAACCCUGUGAACCAUGAGAAAAAUGACUUUGCCAAUGGGUCCAAGUGGAACCUGAACCAGGAUGACAACAAUUUGGACGAACCCGACUUUUUGUCCUAUUCUUCCCAGUCGGACACGUCAAUGGAUGGAAUCAACUUUGCAUCCUUUAGUGAUGAAGACGAAGAGGAGAAAAACGCGGGGAUGAGGUGCAAGAGGGCUGUCCACAAAUUCAGUAACUCCGCAAAUCGGAAAAAAAACACACAAACGAAAGGGGCGUACAGACGUAACCACCAUUAUAGAAAGUCAUCAGAAACAGAGGAACAGAGUAAGAAUAAACAGAUGAACAAAAGAAACAAAUUCAUGAAUGAGUGGUACCUAGAUAGUAACUAUGUCAUUGUGAAUUUCUUGGACUUAAACAUAUUAACAAGCGAAAAUGCAAACAAUUUUGCAUUUACGAAAUCGUUUUACGAAUCAUUGUAUUGUCAAAAAGGGAACACAAACGUAUUUGCUAGCCAUAUGGAAGAUUUACCGACGGAGCAACAAGGAACAGAACCCGUUUUGACAACCCCAGAAACAAAAAUUUAUGAAAAUACCGUCUCGGCUGUCGUAGAUAUGUGCGUAAGUGAAUUAUACAUAUUUCUUCUGUUGGAAGAAAAACUAAUCAUUGUGAACAGUGGAACUCUUAAGAAGGUGUUCGAGCAAACUCUAGCUAUCGAAACGUACGGAGACGUCAUACGCAUAAUGAAGGACAACUCCGAUGACCAAGUGUGGCUUUGUACAUCCAAGUACAUGUUCAAAAUUGUUGUAAGUAAGAAAAAAAGGGAAGGAUUCUACCUUAAUGAUUAUACAGAAGUGAACGAUUGCGAAACAGAGUAUGCUAAUUUGAAGCCAAGUCUGACAAAAAAAUAUCUUUCCAAAAUGCUGGAGGCAUGUACAAAUUCCGAAAGAAAAAAAAUAAAAAAAUAUAUCCUAAAGAGUAAUAAGUAUCAAAUUGAUCAGUUUAAAAAUUUACACAUCUCCACUGAGGAAAUGUUAAUUUCUUUUUUACAUAAAAGACAGUACUUCCUUUUGGCUUCGCAUCUGUACAAUAACAUACAUUGCUAUAAUAACGUCGUUAAGCUUGUGUUCUUUAUAUGGCUCAUCCAACUUUAUUCCUACUCCCUCGAUCUCUACAUGCACCUGUACCUCAUCACACGUUGUUCCUUCCCGCGGAGGCAGCUCCAAAAUGAUGAUAGCGUGGAAACAACCCCAGGUGAGCAGUCAAGUGGAACUUCUCAUAAAGGGAGUAUAGAUUCUGAUGAACCAAAUAUAGAUUCUGAUCAACUAAGUGGAAUGGAUUCCAAUUGCACCGACGAACUGGGCCUUUCCGAUGAAGCAGAAUCGGACACAACUCCCCACCCUAGGGGUCGGCCUGGUGACUACUCGGAUGCGUCGACCGAUCCAAGUGAUGAAGAACUGAGCGGAAAGGACAACCAGUCGGUCUAUCAAACGGAAGAGGGUAAACCUGAUAAAGUGCACAAGACAAAGCGGAAGGGAAAGACCCAUUCCGAAGUAACCGGUACACAAGCAAGCGCAUAUGGAGGUGAAGACAUGAUUACAAAAGAGGAAAUGUUGAACAGUACCAAAGGGAGAAACACCAUCAGUGGUCAAGAUCAACACACGGGCAACGCUGAGAAGAAGCAAGAAGGAAGAACAGAUGUUUAUAAAGGGAACAUAGAAAGUGCAAUAAAAAAUGACAAGUAUCUGAGAUGCGGAAAGAAAUCCUUCAUUCAUUUCUUCCAGAAGAUGAUAGAGAAGGACGAAAGGAAUGAUCUAAAAUACAGUUUUGACUUUUCAAAGGGAAAGAAAAUGAAUAUAAAAACAGUAACGGAGAGUGACAAUUUUUACGUCCUGCUGAAAAUAUACAAAAUGAAGAAUGUGGAAAUUUUCAAUUUUUUGAAAGCUCAGAAGGGGCUCAUUUUGGAUGACCUGGACAGGUACAGAAGGAUCUUCGUAGAAGGAGAGGCGCACCUGGAAGGGAAAGAGGGACGGAAGAAGCAAAGGGAAAUAUCCCCCACAGGAACGUUCACCUCGGAAGAGGAGCUAUCUAUGGAGGAUACGGAAAGGGCAACCAUGCCGGAGACCUCAACCAUGUCGCCAACCAUGACAGCAGAUCGCGCGAAGAGAAAACUGUACAGAGAUAUCUACGCAUACAAAUGCCUCGAAGCGACUGUGUACAUGAUCAUCCUGUUGAAGCAUUUCAAAACGUUCUUCCAGUUGAAUGAAGUUAUUGCACAAAUCCUCGAAAAUUUCAACAAGACAAAUUUUCUCCUGCUUUUUAAAUUCAUGUGUAACGAUUACAACUACAUAAUAAACUAUUACAUCAACACCAAUAAGUACAGUGCCCUUUUUAAUGUCAUUGUACUGUUCCCACAGAAUGUACUCUUGGAUGUGCUAAAGAAUUACGCCUUCAUUUUGUAUUUGCACAAGCCACAUAAAUAUGUGGACAUGCUAAUUUUUUAUGACAACAUGAUUGACGAAUAUUCGGAUAUCAUUGUGUGCAUGUUUGUCAUAAUUUAUUUUUUCAAAAGCAGGCAGACGGCCAAGAGGGAGGAUAUUCACCAUCAGAACGGGGGUGCGGACAGCCACAACAACAAUGAUCAUGGUGAUCACCGUGAUGGUAACGGAGAUUAUCAUCGAGAUGAUCAUCGAGAUGACCACCGAGAUGAUCACCGAGGUGGAAGCCCCGCUUCCCAUAAACACACGGACGAAUGCAUUCGCUUCCUGGAAUAUAUUGCGAACAAAAUAAUGGAAGAAAAUACCUUAACGGAAAAAGGAAAUUAUAUGUACACUUUCGAAUGCACAUGGAAAAAAAACCACAUCAUAAAUUGCCUACUCAUUUUGUACAUUGAAAAAGAAGAAGAUGAAAAGAUAAAACUUUUCUUAAACAGAUUAAAAUCGUCGGGCAUUCAUUUUGACCAUCUGUUUAUUAUACGAUUUUUGAAAGAAAAAAAAAAAGAAAAUUUCAUUCCCCAUUUUUAUAUAAUUAUGAAAUAUUUUGAAGAAGCUGUCGAUAAAGCGCUCGAACUGGGGGAUUAUAAGACGGCCCAAAAUGCCGUAAUAUUAUGCGAAGAUGAAGAAGAAAAAAAAAAAUUAUUUCUCAAAAUUACAAAAAACAUCUCCAACAAUUUAAAUGAACAGAACUUAAAAGAAAUAAUUAACCUUGUCCGUGAUUCAAACUCCAUUUUAAAUUUACAGGAUAUACUUCCAUACAUUAAUGAAAACACAAUUAUCGAUUACUUAAAGAAGGAUAUUUGCUCCCUUCUAGGAAUUUACAAUUUAAAAAUACAAGCCAAGAAAGAAGAAAUUAAAGAAAACUUACAAACCAUUGAUCUGCUCAAUGGGGACCUCAACAACCUGAGGAAAAAAUAUCUCCUUCUUGAUAAAAAUGACAUUUGCUAUAUAUGCAAGAAGACAAUUUUUUACAAAAAGUUUUAUGUUUUUUCGUGCAAACAUUAUUUCCACAGCACUUGUGCAUUGAACAUUUAUUUGAAUUCCAAACCGAAAGACGAACUCUUCCAGUUUUUCUGUACACUUCAUAAUUACAAAAAUGCACUUAUCAACAAGAAUGAGAAGGAUAUGCUCACGUAUGAGACAAAGAUCGAUGACAUUUUAACGGAGGAGUGUUUCCUCUGUGGUUCCAUUUCUAUCAGCUCCAUUUCGCAACACUUUAUUUCGCAGAGCGAGGGUGACGUGGUAGACAGUUGGGCCAUAUCGAAGGAGUAG